GCUUCAGAAGCAGAGGUGAGCUGCAAGCGGCACCCCUUUCACUUGUGAUACCACUUCAUCUUACACAUACUUAUACUUCGACAACUACGCAACUAUUUGAUUACUGACUCACAACCAACGCUUUGGAAUCAUUUCAACUUCGUCUGUACGCAGAUAUCGAAAUUGGAUUUUUAAUUUUACCUACAAACACGUUAAGAUUUCCUGAUUCUCUUACACAAGUACAGAGCACAGCUGUGUUUUCGUCUUAAUAGUGUGCUUUCCCGUCACUCUUCACUACGUCAAUUUCAUAACUGUCGUGCAGGCAGAUACCUACCAACAUGAUUCGUUUGUUUCUGCGGAACAGUUGCUGUAGCUACCAACACCGGCUAUGCCGGCUGGUACUGUGCUCUUGUGUGCUCCUGAGGGCCGUCUUUGGACUGAGGAUGUGGUCUCCAGAGCAGGGAAAAACAAUCCCAGCCGGCGGAUCGCCGGUAGCGUCGACUCGCGCGUCUUUUAGCACAGGCCUUCCUACGGUUGGUUCGAGUGACAGCAUGUGGUCUCUCAUCUCUCUUCGCACUGACAGCAAGGAAACACUAGCAGGAGGACCGUCUCCCGCUACGUUGCCUUCUCCAUCGCCUGCACAUGGCCGCAAGGAAUUGUCCCUAGAUAAUAUUCCGCCGUUCAGUCUGCCUGCUGGGUGCAACGAUGUUCUCGAAGAUAAUCCUGAAGACUCGAAACCGAAGGAGAAGAGGAUCGAGCGCAAGCCUUGGGCGGACGAGGUAGAUGACGAGUCAGAGGACGAGACGUGGGACCUGGACCCUUUCGCACGUGUGCGUGAAGCUAUUAAUUCUCUCGUACCAGCUGGGAGUAGCGAAACAACUGGUGAAAGCAUGCCGCAUCAAUCCUGGCCCACCGGGGGUCGUGGUGCUCCACACUGGUAUGAAGUUUACGGCGAGCCCACAAAACAUAUUCGAUCCACACAAGUUGCUGGCUCGUCGUCCCAAGUAGAUUCAGCGAAUCAGCAAGUACGUACAGUUUUUUUUUGAGCUUGAUGGCAUUGAUUGAUUGCAGUAUCUUGAUAGAUUACUUAAUAUUACUUCGUCAACUGCAUGUGCACAGGUUCCCUUCCGUUCUCCAUAGAUGCGUGUUUGAUUUAUGUGAAUAACGGGCAAACCCAAACGUAGAGCCGCAAAACGUGGAGCGGCAAAGUGUUACAUGAUAAGUUAAUGCUCUUAAGCUUUUGUUUGUGAGGAGCUCCUUGACCUUGACAAUUUUCGGCAUAUGCAUAUCCCCUCUCCUCACAUUUUCACAGGCCGAAAUCUUCCUUCCGGCACAACUGCAACGCGACAAAUAA